ACGAAUAAAAGGGGGCCAAAUUUGCCGAGGUAGAGAAUCCCCAUGCUUCGUCUAGUUGUCUUUGUCAGCAUCGUCAUUCUUUCUUUGGCUUGUCACCCACAGCCAAGUCCAACAAGUCCAUGUCCGGAAGAUACUAGUCCGGAAGAUACGACUGAACUCCCAGUCAAAGUAAAAAGCCCACAGACGCAGGCACAAGUCAUCAUAGAAACAUAUCAGGACUUCGAUGAAAAAAAGACUUCUAUUUAUCUGAAGGCAAUCAGAUCGUUGGCUGAGCUGCACGCGAGAAGAUUCCACGCCAACCAAAGAUUCGAUGCGGAACCAAUGAAUAUCGAUGGGAAAUUUGCUGUCGUCUUUACCAUAUAUGAUGUGGAGUGCAGUGAGGUAUACACCGUAGCGUUUGCACACCCAUUGUCAUAG